ACAGAAUCAAAGAGAAUGCGUACCCUUUCACUUUCCACUUCGUCUUUACUCUUCACCAUCCUUCUCCAUUCAUGUUUAGACAUAAUCACCGGUGCCGGUGAAGCUCCGGCACCAGCCGUCAAGCCAUCGCGGUGCAAGUACUACGAGAAUGAGAACGGGUGCUUCGAAAACAAGCGGUUGGCGGAUGCAUACGACGUGAUUCAGACAUUGAAGAAGCGUAUCAAAGUUGAUAAGAAUAGCGAGAGGCACAUCAAGACGUGGACCGGAACCGACGUUUGUAGCUACAACGGGUUCAAGUGCGACAUUCGUCCCGACGUGAAGGAAAAUGCCGUCUCGGCCGUCGAUUUCAACGGCUAUAGAUUUUUCGGCUCCGACGGUACCCUUCCGCUUAAGGGCUUCAUCGAUGAGAUGGACGAUUUAGCCAUAUUCCAUGCCAACUCGAACCACUUCACCGGGACGGUUCCGUUCGAAGCAUCGAAGAUCAAGUACUUAUACGAGCUCGAUCUCAGCAACAACAAGAUCGAGGGAGAUUUUCCGAUGGAAACCCUAAACGCCAUGAACUUAACGUUCCUCGACUUGAGGUACAACUCCCUCCGAGGCUCCGUUCCGCCACAAGUGUUCAACUUAACCCUAGACGUGUUAUUCAUCAACAACAACCGGUUCGCCAAGCAAACGCUCCCGAAAAACCUCGGCGACACGACGGCGCUUUACCUCACAUUCGCCAACAACAGCUUCACUGGCACGAUCCCACGUAGCAUCGGAAAAGCUCGAAACCUACUCGAAGUGCUUUUCCUCGACAACCGACUCAGUGGUUGUUUACCGUACGAGAUCGGCAACCUGAGUCGAGCCACCGUGUUCGACGCCAGCCGGAAUAAGAUAACCGGACCGAUACCGUACUCCUUCGGGUGCAUGAAAAUGAUUCAGAUUCUCAACUUGGCUAACAACCGGUUCUACGGCGAAGUACCGGAGAUUGUCUGCGAGCUACCGAUAAUUGCAAAUUUGUCUUUGGCCAACAACUAUUUCACUUCCAUCGGACCAGCUUGCUACCAUUUGAUGACGAAGAAGAAGAUAGACGUGUCCAAAAACUGUAUCUUCGGCCUCCCGAAUCAACGAUCGGAGGCCGAGUGCAGUGCGUUCUUGUGGAAGAAGAAGGUCUGCAACAGGAUAAAAACGUUCUACUUUAUUCCUUGUGAAAAAUACGGUUAUUCGAAAAACUCCGGCGACGGUAACCCACCGCCGGCGCCAGGUCCGCCGGCUAAAACUUAUAACACUCUUAUUCCUCAUCAUCGGUUGUGAUCGAUGUUCUUUCACUGCUUCUUUUAGAUGAUAAUAAUGGAGCUCUUCAUCAAGCUUAUGUCUUCGGUCUAAUUGUU